CAAAAACGUUUGUCAAACAUCCUUCAAGUCAAAGCGUAAACUUUUGAAGUUUUUACUGGUGCUAACGAAAUAAAUAGUCAUGAGUGGCUGUCCACCACCAUCGCCCCAAGUAUGUCCGCAAGUGUGCCCGCCGCCGCCGCCCGCGGCGCCCUGCCGCGUGAAGCCCAUCAUGCGAGGGCUCCACUGGGCGCAGACCAAGCGCGUCCUCGCCCAAGCCUGGGCCCUGGCUUUCUUGGGAGGCGCUUGCAUUUUCUUUUUCAAAAAGACGAAGAGAAUAGCAGCUUAUAAAGAUUUUUAUAAGAAAGGAGAGUUUGAAGAUUGGGCUGAUGAAAUGGCGAGAAAAGGAUUAUUUCAAUCUGUACCCAAAGAAUCUUUGCCGGAUAACCAGCACAUGAAAAAAUAA